AGGGAUUGUCCGUGUUUUCAAUCCGGGACUCCUCCUGGAUGAUGAAGUCACGCAGCUUCUCCUACUGUACAGUGAAGCGCGCGAGAGACUGAACAUAACGCACAUAACGGUCCAUACUCAAGACACUGACCGCAUCUUCACAAAAAUCGAGUUCAUGGGCUAUUUUCGCCGUGUUUGACACUUGAAACUCGCAAGAAAUCAGAGACUGUAUAUUAUGGAAGGCCAUUGAUUCCAUAAACAUGGCCAUUGAACAAACAUGGGAAGAAAAACUUGAGACAAGAAGUGGAGUUUGGUAGAAAUACACACCAUGGCUGCCCAUCGCAUUCGAUCCGCGAACAACAACACUGUGCUCCCUCGGUGCAGAUCUGAGGGUGCACUUAUUGAUCUCAGUGAAGGAGUGCCAGAGGCCACCCUUACAGAUUUUAAAGUGCCUUCAUCUAGUGCCUUACGACUGGAUGCUACUGCCUCAUUUGGAGCUGUCAGGGAAGUGAUUGCCAUUAAGGAUUACUGUCCAUCCAGCUUUACCACACUCAAAUUCUCAAAGGGAGACUGUCUUUAUGUUAUAGACACAUCGGGUGAAGAGUGGUGGUAUGCACACAACAGUAAAGAGAUGGGAUAUAUCCCAGCUGCUUAUGUCCAGCCGAUCAAUUAUCGAGAUUCCACAUUCAGUGAUAGCGGCAUGAUUGACAGCCUAAGUGACAUUUCUGAGGGGGUGAGAGAAAUGGAUAUCUCGGGGGAGUGGACAGGGUCCACCAAAAUCACAGAAUCUAAUAAUGACCAUCCUUUUGUUAAUAAACGGAUGUCAACUAACCCUUUCCUAAAUGGCACGCUGCAAGGCGCCCCUGACCAAAACAGCAACCAGAAUUCAGCAAGUGCUUUGUGUUUAGAUAAUCUCUCACCUCCCAUCUCAAACACCAGCAGCACAAUUAAUAUUAAUGGCUUUGAAAGUGGGCUACUUGACACACACAGUAUUAGCCCUGGCUCAGGGAUUGGCCUAAAUCUUCGCAGGGACAAUCCGUUUUUUAGGAGUAAGCGUUGCUACAGCAUGUCAGAACUGUCUGUCCUACAGUCCCUGUCUGAUGGGAAUCAAGGUUCCUUGAGUUUUUUUGGUGGCUUGAAGUCACCUAAACCUGAGCAUUUUCAAAGUAGAGAGGAUUUCAAAACGGCAUGGCUAAAUCACCGUAAACUUACACGAUCCUGCCAUGACCUGGACUCCAUUGGACAAAACCCAGGUUGGGGGCAAACCCAGCCAAUAGAGACUAAUAUUGUGUGCAAACUGGACAGUUCUGGUGGUGCCGUGCAGCUACCAAAUACCAGUAUCAGUAUAUAUAUUCCUGAGGGUCACGUUGCACCGGGUGAGACUCAGCAGAUAUCGCUGAAGGCCCUUCUGGAUCCACCAUUGGAGCUUAACAACGAUAGAUGUACUACCGUAAGUCCAGUGGUAGAAGUAAAACUCAGUAACAUGGAAACCAAAACCCCGGUCACUUUAGAGAUGAAGGUGUCUGUUGUAGUAAAGAUAGAGAGCCGCAAAACCACAGAGGUGGUGUGUGUGAGAAGCGACUUCAAGGAAGGUCCGUAUGUCCCGAUUCCACAUGUAUACAUGUAUGGAGACACAGUUCAAGUAACUCUGGACAAUUUAGAGCCUUGCAUGUAUGUCUCUGUAGUUGCCCAAGCACAAACGUUGGCCCCAUACAACACAGUCUGGGAACAUGUCGUAAAAAAGGUCACUCUUGGGGUAUACGGGCCAAAACACAUUCACCCAUCCUUCAACACAGUAGUGGCCAUUUUUGGCCAUGACUGCGCCCCAAAGACGUUGCUAGUGAGCGAUGUAAAAAAGCACUUACAGUCAACUCCACCUGUCGUCCUCCAGCUCUGGAGAAAGCACCAGUUUGUACUAACAAAACCUCAAGACCUUCAGGUUGGCAUGUAUUCAAACAUGUCCAAUUUUGAUGUGAGAGCCAAUGAACAGGCAAGAACCGUGAGGGGAUUUCAGAUCAAACUUGGCAAAGGGGCCCGCCUCAUCUACAUGAUCGCAGCACACGAUUCAACUGACAUUUCAGACUUUACUUUGCGUAUUCAGGUCAAGGAUGAUAAGGACUGUAUCUUGGCCCAGUUUUGCGUUCAGACCCCAACCCCACCACCAAAAACAAGCAUAAGAAGCUCCGUUCAAAGGCGCUUCCUCAAGAAAAAGGAAGUAAACAAAAUCAUACUGUCUCCUCUUGCAGCGACCACAAAGUACCCUGUGUUUCAGGACAGACUAGUCAAAAACCUAAAAUUUGCUAAGCUUCUAAAAACUGUUGUAAGACAGCCCAAAAGCCUGUAUUUGCUAGAGUAUCUUAAAAGCGACGUAAUGGCUCUUUUGAGCGAGGAAAAAAUUAAACUUAAAGGACAUCUAUGGACCAAAGAGUGGUACAUCGGAUACUACCAUGGAAGAAUUGGGUUGGUGCAUGCAAAAAACAUUCUAAUCAUGGGAAAAGUGAAACCUGUUCAUUUCAAAGGGCCUGAUCUUACAACUACAAUCCUUUUAGAGCAGAUCCUAAAGCCCUGCUUGUGCCUGACGUACAUCUACGCAUCAGUGAGGACAAUACUGAUGGAAAACGUGGCGAGUUGGAGAGUGUUUGCUGACACUUUGGGUUACGUCAAUCUGCCUCUGACACAUUUCUGUCGGACAGAGCCAGAAAGUGAGCCUGAAAAGGUGGCUUCUGUUCUUGAGAAGCUUAAGGAAGACUGCAAUGCAGCUGAGGGCAAGGAGAGGAAGUCUUUCCAGAAGGAACUCAUGAAGGCUCUUCUGAAGAUGGACUGUCAGGGCCUGGUGGCACGGCUGGUCAUGGACUUUGUGCUGUUAACUACAGCGGUGGAGGUGGCGGGUCGCUGGAGGGAGCUUGCUGAGAGACUCGCUAAAGUGUCCCGGCAGCAGAUGGAAGCAUAUGAAGCUCCACACAGAGACAGCAGGGGACAACUGGAAAGUGAGGCCAUGUGGAAACCUGCCUUUGACUUCCUCGUCACAUGGGCAGCCCAGAUCGGGGACAGUUACAGGGAUGUGAUUCAGGAACUUCACACUGGAUUGGACAAAAUGAAGAACCCCAUUACCAAGCGCUGGAGGCACAUCACAGGCUCCCUCAUGCUUGUCAACUGUCUGGAUCUCCUACGGAGCACUGCUUUCAGCCCCUGCUCUCAAGAUGACUGUGCCAUAUAAAGACUGCCUACAUCACCUGACUUUUACAAGACCCAGAUACACCU